AUGAAAGCAACAUUGUUGAUGGUUUUAACACUCUUGGUGUUAGGUAAUUCUUAGUAAGUUGGCACCCACGCUAAAAAUGCCUAUUUAAUUGUGAAAGGAGUUAUAGAAGGAGUGUAAGUUGAUGGUCAUGUAGAAGUAAAAUAAAUAAUGUCUUGCUUAAAAAAUUCAGAAUAAUUAAUUUAUACUAUUGGGAAAGCUAUCGAAAAUUUGAAAACGAAUGCCAUUGAGGAAGUCAAAGAAGGAAUCAAAUUAAUUGGAGUAGCCAUUUAAUAAAUUCCAGACUCUAUUACUACAUGUGAAUCUGGAUCCGAGGAAAUGGUAGUUUUGUCAUGUAAACAUAAUAUUAAUAAAUAGAACUUCUCACUAACAUGUUGGAACAAUUGAGAAACCCAUAGACAUUCUCAUAUGAAAUGAGUUAUAAGUAAGGGAAUCAGUAAUUACUAUAUAUAAUUUAGACACUGCUAUUAACGACUGGAAACAAGGAGCUUAUGAAGAUUUUGGAAAAUAGAUUGGAUUUAUGCUGGUUUAACUACUUAAAGUAACAAAAAGCAUUGAGGCUUUUAUUUUUAAUGGCGAAUUCGUAGAAAUAGUGUUUAAAGGAGUACUUGAUUAAAUUUUAAAUGCAAAAGUAAUCAAAUUCAAAAUCAAAAACAUUAAAGAUUGUUUAGAUGGUGUUCGUGGAAUUGGUGGAAUUAUGAUAAAUUUUAAUAAUGCUGUUAGAAACUUAGAAGAUGGUUCUCUCUCAAGUGACAUCUUAUCUUUAUCAUCAUUUGUAGAAGUCAUGAAGUUCUCAAAGACUCUAAAAGCUUGUAAGUCUGCCUGGGAAGUUGCGGUGAUGGCUGGAACAGCAAUCGGGUUAGCUGGAACCUCAAAGGACACACAAUCAUUCAUCUAAGAUUUUGCAACUCAAUUAAAGAAUUUUUUUGUAGAUGUUAUAUCAGCUCUUACUAUCUGCUACAUAGCUCUAAAAAGAAAUUUAAUUAAGUUUUGUUCUUAUAUUCGUAGAAAUAUAUGA